UUUUAGGUUUUCGAAUUGAAAAAAUUAGGGCGCGUAAGGCGAGGAAGAUGUCAAACACAAGCUCCAGUCCGACGACCGCAAUCCGGGCUCCAAGCGGCGGCGCAAACGUGACAGGGGCGAAGGCAGUAGCCGCGGAAGCUGGAGGAGGUGGAGCAGGAGUGACGAUGAGUAUGAGAGGGCCAAGCCCGCCGACGACAACUUCACAUCACGACCAGCAAUGUCCACCGACAGCGGCGGUGAUCUACCCGGUAGCCUCCUCCGGGAGAGGUUUCCUUCCAACAAACCAACCUCGUCGCCCAAUCAUUCCUUUUCAUCCGCAUCCUCAUUCUCGUCCCUUUGACAACCCCAGGCCACCGCUUCCCCAUCCUACUCACUUACAUCCUCCGCUUAUGGGCCUCCCCCCUUCUCUCCAUCCCAAGGUUGCUUCAUCGCCAUUUUCAGUUUCUGAAACUAAAGGAUAUAAAGGUGCCAGGGAGAGAACCAAAGAUGAUUCGCUUGCCACUGUUAGGGACCGAAAGGUCAGAAUAACAGAUGGGGCUUCCAUUUAUGCUCUUUGCCGUUCAUGGUUGAGAAAUGGGUUCCCAGACGAAACCGAGCAGCCCCAAUAUGGAGAUAUUUUCAAGUCUCUUCCACAACCUUUACCUCUACCUGUCACGGAUGAUUUGCCAAAGGACACUGAAGAUAGAGAAGAACAAGUAGUGGAGGAUAAAAAGGAGGAUGAGCAAUCAGUUGAGAAUUUGUCAACACAAGAUCUGUUGCAAAGGCAUAUUAAUCGGGCUAAGAAGGUUAGAUCGAGAUUACGACAAGAACGAUUGAAACGAAUUGUGAGGUACAAAACUAGGCUUGCACUCCUGCUACCGCCCCUUGUAGAACAGUUCCUGUAGGGAACUGAUGCCGAAGAUUAGCAUCAGAAGGAACCAGCGACGUAUCGGAGCCUCCUGGAUUCCUGAUGUGAUGAGUAUGUUACAUGCAAUUUUAUGAUACGGCCGGAAGGAACUACUGGAGUCUGGGUGAUAGAGGCAGUGAAGCAAGUGUUAUAUUUGGUUUGAUGAUUUGGAUGUAGAGCUUCGUAUUCAUUUGUUUCUGAUGUGGUAUUAUUAUCUGUGAAAUGGUGUUCAGAAUCAAGAGAUGGAUAAAUGGUCCAAAAUCUUUGAAAUGUUCUAAUUAAGUCCUCAAAAUGUCAUAUUACAUAUCAAUUAGGUACA